CAGGAGUUUCUGGCUGCAGUCUACUUGUUCCACUGUUACACCAACAGAGACACAGCGGUACUGAAGGACUUCCUGCAGGGAGACUGGCCCGAUGAGAACAGUAAAAACAGUGAUGAUGAUUACCCCUCCCUGGAUGUCUUCCUGAAGAGAGCCAUGGAGAAAUCCCUCAGAAGUGAAAAUGGCCACCUGGACCUGUUUGUCCGCUUUCUCCACGGCCUCUCUCUGGGGUCCAACCAGAGACUGUUAGGAGGCCUGCUGGGUCGCACAGACAACAGUCCAGAAAUCAUCCAGAGAGCCAUCAACAACCUGAAGGAGAUGAGCAGUGAUGAAAUCUCUCCUGACAGGAUGAUCAACAUCUUCCACUGUCUGACAGAGAUGAAGGACCACUCAGUAUAUCAGGAGAUCACAGAGUUCCUGAAGUCAAAGAACAGAUCAGAGAAGGAACUCUCUGUGAUCCACUGCUCUGCUCUGGCCUACAUGCUGCAGAUGUCAGAGGAGGUUCUGGAUGAGUUGGACCUGAUGAAGUACCACACAUCAGAGGAGGGACGACGGAGACUGAUUCCAGCUGUGAGGAACUGCAGGAAGGCCAAACUUUCUAACUGUGGACUCUCAGAGACUGAAUGUGAAGUCGUGGCCUCAGCUCUGAAGUCUGACCCCUCUCACCUGAGAGAGCUGGACCUGAGUUGGAACCCUCUCCAGGAUUCAGGAGUGGAGAUGCUGAUUUCUGGACUAAAGAUGUCAGAGAUCAGCUGUUCUGCUCUGGCCUCAGCUCUGAAGUCCAACAUCCAUCUGAGAGAUCUGGACCUGAAUGGGAACGCUCUGCAUGAUUCAGGAGAGAAGCUGCUGAGAGAUCUUGUGGAGAGUCCAGACUGCAGACUGGAGACUCUCAGGAUCAGAGGAAAGACGAUCAGAGCCAAGAUCCAGAAGACCUGUGACUCCGAUGUGGAACAGGAAGUGAAGACGGACAGAAAGGCUCCUGAAUCCUUCUCACCUGAACACACAACUGAGUCUUCAUACAGGUUCAGGUGUCCUGGUCCAGGUGAGUUCCAGUGUGAUUCGACUGGCCUGGUGUUCGUAAUGGCUCAGGAGGCGGAGCUUCUGUACAGGACGGUCCCUUGGGAUGAGAGCUUCCUCCAAUCAGCUGGCAAGACGGCAGCAGGGCCGCUGUUCAACGUGAAGAGUUCUGAUGAAGCUGCCGUCUGCCAGCUCCACCUGCCACACAGUGAGACAGAGGAAGCGCUGCUCCUGGACGGCCUGUUGUCUGUCGUCCACAUCACUGAUGAAGGCCUGAGCAUCUUGGAGCCGCUGGAGGUCACACGCACUCACGUGGUGGUGAAGGUGCCUCACCUCUCUCUCUUUGGCCUGGUCUGGGAUUUCUUUAAAAGGUUUCUGCUUCUGCGGGUAGAGGGCAAGAUUCUGGUGUUCCUAAGACCCCCGGUCAGAGAGGAGCAAAUACUGGAUGUACAUAUGCUGCAGAAAAAUGUCCCUAAGAAGGAGGUUACUGAUCAACACAGACCUGCUGUGAACAUCACAAUCUCCUCCGGCUGUGAGCUGGAACUGUUUACAGAUUACAGUGUGCACUGUGAACCUGAGGGCUUCUUCAUUCAGCCUGAGAGUAAAGAAUUUGACUCAAAUUUUGGACCAGAUUACGAUCCGACAUUUCAAGUUUCCCUGAAGACGAGCACAGAGACCGUGGAUUUGAAGGUCAAGGACGAAGAUGGAAAUGUAGUCUGGAGUUAUCUCGUGUCACUGGAAGGUCCAAGACAUGAAUUGUCCCAGAGAAAUGGCCCAGCAGAGAGCAGAGUCUCAGCAGAGAGCAGAGUCCCAGCAGAGAGCAGAGUCCCAGCAGAGAGGUGUCACAUCCGCCCUGUCGCCCUCACCCCUCCCUCCAUAUUCCCGCCAGAAGAUAAUGACUCCUCCUCCUCCGCCUCCUCCUCCUACUCCUCAACAUAA